AUGCUGGCACUUCUUUUCUGCGGAUUUGUGCUCCAAGCCAGUCUUCUAGCUGCCCAGGAGCUUACAAUCAACUGUAGAUCGUGGGGGCUCGAGAACGGCUAUCAGGGAGUCGACAACUGGCGGGCCUCGACCAAGGACUGCGCAGACGCCACGAACAAGCUCGAAAGCCAAUUCGGCCAGAUUGUCCCAACCAUCUCAAACGGCUGCAGCGAGCUUGCUUCGUCUGGCAGUUGCUCCAUCUCCAUCUGUGAUUCCUCUCUCGCGACCUUUCAGAGCGUCUACUAUCAGGCAGUCUGGGCAGCUGCCAGAGUCGUUCACGGCAGGCAUAAACACGACGGCACUGUAGCAGGGUAUGUGUCCAUUGACGACUACUGGUACGGCGGCAAGGCGUUUGUCCAGGUGGCCAGAACCGGCUCCCCGGACCCGGGCAACAAGAGACGCAGUCUGGCCGCACGCCGAGGAGUUGCAGAAGGCCAAAGGGCUGGCGGAAACGAGACCGAGGGCGGCGGCAAUGGUGGAGAUGACGAGGAAUUGAUCUGGCCCCGCGUCGAGCUAGAGUACUCCAGCUUCGACUCGGUCGACGUUCCCAACACGGACGGAUUGUCGGUCAAUAUCCGCGCAGGAUGGGGUGAAGGGGAGUGGACGCCGCGUGACCAGCAAGAGUACGCGCAAGAGAGGCUCGUCGAGGCAUGGCGAGGCACCACCGGAGAGCCCGGCGACGUCCGGCCGGCUGGAUACCUUGCGCCCGGUGGCAUCAUGAUCGAGAUGGAGCUUGUCGCCCACAACAAUCACAACCUGCGCCAGCUCCACGAGAACGAGAUCAAUCCGCUCGCCCGCUUUGCCAUUGAUCAGCGCGGGAUAGCAGGCAAUCCGAACUCGUUCAUCAUGCAGAUCCGUCGUGGCGGCGAAAGCAUUGCCCAUAUGGUGCUCCGCGUUUUUCGACUGACUGUAAGCACCGACCCCAAUGGUGCUUGCGGUUAUCCUUGA